AUGGAGUACCGUUGGAAAUGGAAUCAGUUCCGACGUGGCUUCCAGAGUGGGAGCAUCAUCACGGGGAUGGCUGCAACCGACGACGGUGUUACGGCUGCGAUUACCGUGUCGACGACUUACACAAUGUCCGAGAGGAUUACCUUCCACAAAGACGUUGCUGACGGUGACGGCGGCGGCAGAAACAACGCCAACAAUCAAUCAAGUGAUCUGGUGAUUUCCGCCGAGCCCGAACAGUGGGUGUCUAAUGUGAAAUGCGGCACCUUGUUAAGCAUACUCAUCGUUACCCUGUGCUCGAACAUUUUCGUUCUGUGGGUCGUUUUCGUUAGGAAUCGAGUCCGGGAAAAACAACCGUUGUCGCGAGUCCAACUGUUCAUAGUGAAUCUUUCGCUGGCCGAUAUCCUAGUGGCCUUGCUGAAUAUUCUACCACAGCUUGCGUGGGAUCUCACCGGGAACUUCGAAGGAGGAAUCGUGCUCUGUAAAUUCGUCAAAUACGCUCAAGUCUUCGUCCUGUACUUGAGUACAUACAUCCUGACGGGAAUGUCUCUGGAUCGGCUUUUUUCGAUGAGGGCCAUCCAAGCUCAAUGGGAGACGAAAAUUUCUUCGGUGACGAAAAGCUGUCGGAAGCGCAAGCUCAAUCGACAUCAGUCUCAAAUAGGAUACCGCAAGCUGGCCAAGUUCAUUGUGGUCGUCGCCUGGGUUCUCUCGGCUGUGCUUGCCCUACCGCAACUUCUCAUAUUUUCUUAUUCCCGUGUCGAUUUCGGGACUACGGACAACUCGUCGAAAUUCGACUGCCUGGCGGAUUUUUCCUGGCAUCCUCGCGGUGUGGAAAUCUACGUCACCAGCUUUGUGAUAAUUAUUCUCGGACUGCCAGUUACUCUGAUGCUUUCCUGCUACGGAUACAUUUGCUAUAUCAUCUUCCGAAUGCAAAAGCGUCAUCCUUUAUCGUUAGCGACAAGAUCGCCGCAGCGGGUCUCCGACGCCGGGUUCCUGCAGAGCAGCCAACGCAUGUCUCUGGCCAAGGUUCGCAUGGUGAAGAUGACGUUCUCGGUGGUUCUGUGCUUCAUCGUGUGUUGGACUCCGUUUUGCGUCGCACAAUUACUGAUGGCUUACGCUCUGCCCGGUAGCAGUCAUGUCAGUCCUCUCCUCAUGGUGUUCCUACUGCUCGCUUCGUUGAACUCAGCCGUGAACCCUUGGAUUUAUGCUCUAUUCUGCAUCAGAGGUUUCUCAGUAUCGAAAGCGAAAGCUCCUCUCACCGUGAUAAGGCAAGUACUGGAAAGGGGAGAACGGUGGCUGACAAUGAUUUUGUGUCCCGAAGUUAUUUCGAGCGACGAGAGCGACCCGAUUUAUGGUGAUCCCGCCGUUUGUCUUUACAGCAGUUCCAGCUGUCCUGAGAGGAAAUCGCGCUCGGAAGAUAUUUCCGUCUCGGUGUAG